AUGAAGCCGUACCGUAGUGUCCGUAAGGAAGCGAUCGUUAGAUGUCAGUUGUUGGUGCUUUGGGUUCUGAUGCUUGUCAGUGGAGGGACUGGAAUCGGCGAUGAUUGUUCCGUUGCUGAUCGGAUCGACCUAACGAAUGGUAUUAUGGAUCGCAGUGGUUCGAUAAGGUAUGCCGGGAACGUCUAUUCGCCCGAAAACUACACCUCCAACGUAGAUUCUAGCCAGGUGUACAGCUGUGUGUGCGCGAAACGCAAAUGUGUGUACGUGUGUUGUUACUUCAUCGAUCGGACGAACUGCGAGGAGUCAUCGCUGCCACUGAACCAGACCGUUUUGCAUCGAACCAGCAACGUAGUUCAAGAGAUCGAUCUACGAGAGAACAGCGAUUACUGGUUGAUCUAUGCGACGCCACCGGCCUGGAACUACACCCCCGGCUAUGCGUUGCAGAUCUCUGGUUAUGAAGGUGAACUGAUCAACGAUGGGAGUUUUGCGUACGGGACGAAGAAUUACGCUAGUAGGACGUAUUGCAUCAAUCCGGCUGAGGAUUCUCCACCACAUGUGUGGAUUAAGGAAACGGACGAUAUUUCGAGGUGCAUCGGCAUGCUAAUCUCGAUACCCUUCCUCGUGGCUACGUUGAUCGUGUACGCGUUGAUUCCUGAGCUUCGAAACAUCCCCGGAAAAUCUCUGAUGUGCUACGUGUUCUCGUUGACUGGAAGCUACGUGACACUGGUGAUGAUUAAGCAUAAUCUUUUCGAAAAUAUACCCGAUUGGUGCCGAGCGAUCGGGUACGUUUGUUACCUCUCAAUGAUGUCCGGGUUCUUCUGGCUCAACUUGAUGGCGUUCGACAUCUACUGGACGUUUGGGGGUCAUCGUCGGACGACGACUGAUCAAGGGAAAUUUUUGCUUUACUGCUGCUAUGGGUUCGGUAGUCCGGUGGUUUUCUUAACGAUUGCGCUUCUAGCUGACCAUACGGCUGUGAUAGAACAGAGUCUCCGGCCUGGAUUUGGAGAGGGUCAGUGUUUGUUCAAGGCGGAACAACUCGUCUCGUUCCUGUAUCUCUACCUACCGCUGGUACUGCUUAUGAGUGCUAACAUGUUCUUUUUCAUUAGCACUGCGUUGAAGAUCAACCUCAUAGAGCGAACUACCGCCGCGGCUCUACAGGGCGAAUCGGGACGUCACGGCAAAUUCACAAACGAACGUAAUCGCUACGGUUUGUACGUGCGCUUGUUCGUCGUGAUGGGCGUCACAUGGACGUUUGAGUGCAUCACCUGGAUCGUGGACACGCAGAAUUGGCUGGUAUAUGUGACGGACAUUUGCAACUGCAUUAGUGGUGUAUUUAUUUUCAUUCUGUUCGUGGGAAAGCGCAAAGUUUGGUUACUACUGCAGCAGAGGAUUAGCGGCAAGAAGAUCAGAAGGCAAGGACAACCGAUAUUUUCAGUGACUGCAAGCAAAUCGACUGCGCUGCCUUCAAUGCCAAAUCAGUCAAGUCAGGUCCGAAUGGACUGUUCUAGUUUCUAA